AUGGACGAUCUCCUCCACAAUUACGAAUCUAUCAACAUUGCACUGCGCGUUCUGGAAAGGUCCCCUCUGCGGGACAUACUUCUCGAUGCUGGCAUCCAGGUCCCUGAUCCACACCAUGGGAAGCCUCCACGUUGGGUCCAUUUUGAAGGCGCCGAUGAGCUUAGUGAGGGCAAAUACGCGACAUCUAUUCCAUUGGCAUAUGUUAUGGACUAUGAAAACGACGUCAUUUUGGCAUACGAAAUGAACAAUGCGCGACUGCCACCAGACCACGGCUAUCCCGUCCGCCUAAUCGUCCCCGGCUACGUCGGCGGUCGUUGUGUUAAAUGGCUCCAUAGGGUCUGGGUCUCUGACAAGGAGAAUGAUAGCCAUUAUCAUAUCUGGGACAACAGGGUUCUGCCUAGCUUUAUUCUGGAUAAAGACUCGGAGUUCUCACACAUCAUGUUCCGUCACCCAAGCACGGCCUGCAACGAGCAGAACCUGAAUUCGAUUAUCGCGAAACCCGGGCAUGGCGAGGCGAUUCCUUUGUCUGAUGUGAAUAAAGAUCGGACUUAUCGUAUAGCAGGCUUUGCAUACGAUGGUGGUGGUCAUGAAGUCGAGAGGGUGGAAGUUAGUCUCGACGGUGGUCAAACUUGGCUGUACUGUAUCCGCAAGUUCCCUGAGUACCCUAUCCGCCAUGGAAAUAAAUUUUGGACGUGGCUCCAUUGGUAUGUAGAUGUCGGAUUGCCGCAUCUUGUUCGAGCUGAGAGUAUUAUCGUACGCUGCUUCAAUGUUUUCAAGAACACGCAGCCGAAGGACCCCACAUGGAACAUCAUGGGAAUGAUGAACAAUUGCUGGUACACCGUCCGGAUCGAGGUUAACAACAACGACAAUGACUCAUCUGUGCUGUACUUCCGACAUCCCUGCGAGCCUGGCUCGGGGACAGGAGGCUGGAUGCAACCCUCAUGGGAGAAUCGUAUCGAGAAUAUCAAGCAUGAGGCGGCAUCACCGCAAAAGCAAUUCACACGCGAGGAAAUUGAAAAGCACAACAAGGAGAAUGACUGCUGGAUUGUCAUCAAUGGUAAAGUCUACGAUGCAACUAGUGUGCUUGACUGGCAUCCUGGCGGCAAAGCACCUAUCAUGGCGCAUGCAGGUCGGGCACAUGCCGAUACCACAACUGAAUUCGAAAGCGUUCAUGACGACUACGCGGAGCAGAAGCUGAGUGAAUGCGUCCUCGGCGUGGUUACCGAAAAGACACUUGGGUAUAUCAAGAAGCAGGUCGAAGAUGUGGCUAAAGAGAAAGCCAAACCCUCACAGGCUUUUCAGACUGCCUUUGACCGCCACCGGUGGAAUGCCGUUCGCUUUGAAGGAAAGGAACAGAUUUCCGAGGACACUCGUCGAUACACUUUCUCGGUCCCAUCCGAUACGAAGAAGCUCGGUCUCGGCACCUGUCAGCAUCUGCAGCUGGGAUUUCAUUUCAAGGAUCGGCUCGUUAUCAGGCCAUACACGCCCACGAGGCCAAUUUUUGAGAAAGAAGAAGAUGGCACGUUCGACCUUGUCGUCAAAACAUACCCCCCGGAUCAAUCCCAACCGGGUGGAACGAUGAGCAACAUCCUCGACUGUCUGCGUGAUGGUGAGGAAAUUGAAGUCAAAGGGCCUUCCGGUGAGAUUAGGUACAUCGGCCAAGGCAAGUUCAUGAUCGACGACAAAGAAUAUCAUUUCCGCAAUGUCAGUCUUGUCCUAGGAGGAUCCGGUAUCACACCCGGAUACCAGCUUAUCUCACGUAUUCUACGUGCCAAGGAACAAGGUUUGGAAGAAGACAAGACCAAUAUCAAGGUCGUCGAUGCGAAUAAGACUGAAGACGAUAUACUAUUGAGGGAUGAGUUCGAUAGACUUGCAGAGGACCACCCGAAUCAGUUCCAGAUCACUCAUGUGCUUUCACAUCCAAAUGAUAAAUGGACAGAAGAGAAAGGCCAUGUGACAAAGGAGAUUCUGCGGAAAUAUGCAUUUGGACCUGAGAAAGGGAAUCUGGCGCUCCUUUGUGGUCCCCCGGCUAUGAUUAAGAAGGCUGUGCUUCCAGCGCUUCAGGACAUUGGAUACAAGGAGGAUGUAAAUUUGUUUGGAUUUUAA